AUGUUCGACAGAUCGUUCUUGGGUGAUUUUGGGACCUUGGGUGUUUUGAGUAACUUCUUCACUCCACCAAUCAGUUUCUUUACUCCACGAACGUCCGACAAAUCGUUCUCGGGAGAUUUUGAAACUUUGGGUGUUUUAAGUAGGUUCUUCACUCCACGAAUAUCCUGUAUGCUUGAAUCUGCCAUUGAUCUUCUCGAACCUGAAACAAGCUUUUCAUCAUUUCCACUGCCUGUUUUUAAUACUCUUAUUAAGCUCAUCUGAAGUUGGUUGAUGUCAGGCGAUGACUUCCUCGAUUGAACGGUUUCCCAAGCACCAGAUUCACAAAGAGGUGUUAUGACACCAGCAGUUGGUGUUUUUGUCAGCCUCCUUGAAAAUGACAUGGAAACUCUUGGAUCAUUUAUAUUUAUCAAACUAGUCUCAGAUGCAGACUUUUGGCUUAGUGAACUUGUUCUUGUUCUAGUAUGAUUGGGAAUCUCAUAAUCUGCUACCACACUUGAUCUUCUUGCAUUACGUGGGAAGGAAUCACUAUUUUUCAGAGAUUUUCUGGAAGCACUUUGUUUUCUAGACAAUGAUUCUGUUACAUCUGCUUCAACAGUGCCUUC